AUGACGCAGCAAGGGUGGACGGAGGGCCAGGCCCUCGGGGCGCGCAACGUCGUGUCGUCGUCGACCACCACGUCCUCGGCGCGCUCGGGUCCUCGCUCCGGUCUGGCCACCGACGCGGAACGUCUCGCGGCUGCGCGGGUCGGGGUUCUGUUCAAAGACGAUAAUCUCGGGUUGGGGGCCACGAGACGCGCGGGGGGCGCCGCGGACGUCGAGGCGCAGAGGACGGGCUUUGAUGCCUUCCAGGGCUUGUUGGGCCGGUUGAAUGGCAAGGCGGUCGACGUGCAUCGCGGGGAGGAGGAGGGUAAGAAGAAGAGAGAGGAGAAGAGGUUGGAGAUGUUCUUCCGCGGACGGUGGGGUGGGAUGGUGUUUAUAAAGGGCGGUGUGUUGGUGGGGAAUCAGAGGGAGACUGAAGAACCCGAAGAUCUAGAAGAGAAGGAGCAGGAGGAGGAGGAGGAGGAGGAGGAGGAGGAGGAGGAGGACGUUGCACAGGAUGUGCAAGAAGGCGUGGAUGAGACGGAAGCACCUUCGCAAGAUGAGCAGCAACGCAAAGAAGAAAAGCGGAGACGGAAGGAAGAGAAGGCCCAAAGAAAGGCGAGGCGAGAAGGCCGUGACGCUGCCGCCGCCGGCGCCGCAGCAACAGCAACAGCAGCGGCGUUGCCUACGCAUAGGUCUCCGAUAUCAAUAUCCCAUCCGCCGGACGAGCCCGUUUCAUCUGCCCCGUCGGAGGAUGAUACUGCAAUCACGACGACAGGGGAGAACAAGAUCAAGAUCAAGAAGAAGCGAAAACUCAAGCCCGAGCCGGUGAAUGGCCUGGUCGAAUCCGAGUCGUCCAGACCGAGUUCCCCGAGUGUGCUGGCCCUGAAGAACGGGCGGCAUCUCCUCCGUGGGCGGAACAUCCAGGCGAAGAAAAUGGUGCUCGCGGACGCGAAGGGCUUGGAUCAGAUCUUUAUGAGGUGA